GGAACUUUCAACAUUAUCAAGCGCGCCUCAUUUUGAAUACAGACAAAUUGCUAUCGACGCAUACCCACCAUUGUGUAUUCUGCUACUUUCGAUACCACAAGAGACGACUAUCGAAGCUCAAGACAGUUCUCGCCCCUCUUCAUCAAUUCGCACGCCCAGACUCAACAGACAAACCUUCAAAAACUUGAUUUGUAUCUACAGCUAUAAUUCUGCGUCCAAACCCAAUCUCACAUCUUCAAAAUGGCCAACUAUCUCGCCUCCAUCUUCGGCACUGAAGCCGACAAGGUCAAUUGCUCCUUCUACUACAAAAUCGGCGCCUGUCGCCACGGCGACCGCUGUUCCCGCAAGCACGUCAAGCCCUCCUACUCGCAGACCAUCCUCCUCCCCAACCUCUACCAGAAUCCCGCCUACGACCCGAAAAACAAGAUGAAUGCGUCGCAGUUGCAAAACCACUUCGAUGCCUUCUACGAGGAUUUCUGGUGCGAGAUGUGCAAGUUUGGCGAGAUUGAAGAGGUCGUCGUGUGUGAUAAUAAUAAUGAUCAUCUCAUCGGAAACGUGUACGCGCGCUUCAAAUACGAAGAUUCCGCGCAAAAAGCCUGCGACGCACUGAAUUCCCGCUGGUAUGCCGCUCGGCCAAUCUACUGCGAGCUCUCCCCCGUCACCGAUUUCCGCGAAGCAUGCUGUCGGCUCAACAGCGGCGAAGGAUGCGUGCGUGGCGGAUUCUGCAAUUUUAUACAUCGCAAGAAUCCGAGCGAUGAGUUGGAUCGCGAGUUGGAGUUGAGUACGAAGAAGUGGUUGAGGAUGAGGGGGAGAGAUGAGAGGAGCGUGACGAGGAGUCCUAGUCCCGAGCCUACGAGGAAGAGAUAUGCGUGAGGUGGAGAUGAAGAUGGAUAUUGCGGAAUGGUCAUCCAGGGUGAUAGUGUAGGAUGAUGGGCGCAUUGAGAUCUGGGGCGAAGACAGUCGAGGAAUGCUUCUUGGGAGGAGAACAAUUAUGCUGAUGGAUACUUCUCAAAACACGCACGAAUAUUCGACAUCUCCUAUCACUAUUUCGUUUUUACUUGUACGCUCUACAGACAAAGCGAGACGCACAUUCUGUCAUGUUUUCAGUUCACAGUGGAUAUGCGCCAAGUGUCGGCCGUAUGUCUUGAUGCCGGAGAAACUAACCGGUGGAACCAUUCAUAGAAAACUCGACAUCAGAUGCAGAGCGUAGGGUCUGAAGUACGAGGUAUUGGGCAUCUUACGAAGUUGUAUUCAUAAAAGGCGUUUCAUGGUCAUCUAUUCAUUUCAAUAGCCUGGGGAAUAUUAAAGCAAAACGCAAAGUAAAACACACAGCAAAGCAGCAUGAGGCUGCUCAUGUAUAAUAACCACAUCAAGAAUUUGAUAAAAAACGCAAAUAAAAAGAUAUCAAAAGCA